AUGCCUCUUACAUCUGUCGCCGGAGCUGGAACUGAGAGAAAGACAGCGAGCACCCGCGAGGUGACGCAAAGAGAUCCGGACACGAUGGAGGCGCAACGGGGAGGAGGCAGUGCUGAUGAUUCAGGGAGGACGCUCGCCCCAGAAGAUGACAGGUUUGGAGAUGCUCACAUUUCCUAUCGGGAGAAGCAGCGCUUAGACAGAUACCUCUCCUUCCUGCCAUCUCUUUUCUUCUCCCUCACCCUCCUUGCGUCCUGGGAGACAGUCGCCGGCGGUCUCCUGGCCGGUCUCUACAAUGGCGGUCCCGCGGCAAUUGUCUACGGUCUCCUUGUCAGUAUUGUGGGUAAUAUGGCGAUUGCGAUGAGUCUGGCGGAACUUGCCUCUGUACAUCCUACCGCAGGCGCGCAGUAUCACUGGACAUAUGUCCUUGCACCGUGGCAUCCCAGAUUCUUCAGUUUCUUCCAAGUGAAUAUCUUUGCGCGGCGGUGUCUCGGCGUCAUUGAGACCGUGGCCGGCAUCAUGCACAUCGUCAUACUCCCGAUGAUCAUCGGCGUCCUGGGUCGUUCGGCGGUGAGCUCGAAUGAAAGUCACAAUAGCAUUGAAGACGCGAAUAACUUUGUCUGGGAUACCUUCUUGAGUGGGUUCAGUGGGUGGAAGGACGCGGGCGUUGUCUUUUCGGUGGGCCUUUUGGGCGUUAUCACGCCUCUAAGUGGGGUUGAUGGCAUUAUUCACAUGUCCGAGGAAGUGCACAAUGCGCGCCUGACAAUUCCAAGAUCGAUGGUCUGGGGAACUCUGUUAAACGGGAUUAUGGCCCUCGGCUAUGCCAUCGCGAUCCUUUACUUCAUGGGACCAAGUCCAGAAGCCUACGCCUCAGCAUUGCUGACAUCGACGGGAUACCCAAUUAUCGAGAUCACGUAUCGAGUGACCGGCUCCAAAGCCGCGACUUUCAUGCUCAUAGCCACAGGCAUGUCAUCGGGGUGGAUCGCAUUCUUCAACGGCCUCGCCUCGGUGACCAGGCUGAUGUGGGCGUUUGCGAGAGAUAACGGGCUGCCAUUUUCUGACUUCUUUGUCAAGGUCGAUAGGCGGCUGAAAAUCCCGCUGCGGGCGUUGGGGUUGGUGACUGGCUGGAUCUUUGUGCUAUCCUUCAUGCAGAUGGGGUCGACGGCGGCCUUUAAUGGCAUUAUGAGUCUGAGCGCGCUCGGGCUAUAUAUCUCCUAUCUGUUCCCAUUGUCCUUCCUGGUUUGGGGCAGGCUGAAGGGUGAUGUGCCGUCAGGGGCAUAUAGCCUGGGACGAUGGGGGCUUACCCUGAACUUGGUUGCCAUUCUGUUUGCAACCUAUUUUGCGGUCUUUCUGCCUUUUCCACCCACGUUGCCGGUCACGCCGGAGAACAUGAACUUCUCCGGUCCUGUGCUAGGAUUUAUUAUGCUCUGCUCUUGCGUUGACUGGGUGGCUCGAGGGCGUCACAAGUGGACGGGACCUACAAUGAGGUAUCCUAGGGGAUGA